AUGCUGGAUCAAAUUCUGCGCGACCUCACCCACAAUGUCAAGUUUGCGUCUUGGGAGCUCUCUUUGAACCACGAGCUGAUUGGGGACGAUGAAGCAAAGGCGAUCGCCGAGGCACUCAAGGUGAACACGACCGUGACUACGCUCAAGAUGGACGAGAAUCAGAUUGGCGCUGUUGGAGCGCACGCGAUUGCUGACGCGCUCAAAGUGAACACGACACUGACUUGGCUCAAUCUGCAAGAGAAUCAAAUUGGCAAUGCUGGCGCGCAGGCGAUUGCUGCGACACUCAAAGUGAACACGACGCUGACGGAGCUUUCUCUGGGUCAGAAUCAGAUUGGCCAGGUGGGCGCGCAGGCGAUUGCUGAGGGACUGAGAGUCAACACGACACUGACUUCGCUCGAUCUGGGGGAGAGUCCGAUUGGCGUUGCUGGCGUGAACGCGAUUGCCGAAGCACUCAAAGUGAACACGACGCUGAAAAAGUUCGGUCUGUGGAGGAGUCAGAUUGACGAUGCUGGAGCACAGGCGAUUGCUGCGACGCUCAAGGUGAACAAGACGCUGACGACGCUAUUUCUGGAAGAGAAUCAGUUUAGCGAUGCUGGAGCGCAAGCCAUUGCAGAAGCACUCAAAGUCAACACAGCGCUGACUGUACUCGGGUAA